AUCAAUUGUUCAAUAUCGUCCUGCAAUUUUACUUAUUUUAUUCAAUCGAGUCCCGAGACUAUAUUUUCCAGCUCCUCCUUCCCCUACUGCCUCCUGGAGUUUCCUCCGGUAAGCCGCUCUGCGGAAGAAAAAUGAAGGUUUCAAUGGCGAUUCAAUCGUUGCGAAAAUCUUUGCUUCACAGAACUGCAUAUCUCGGGAACUCGCCUUCCAUCUCUUCAUUCCUAAAAUUCUCCGAAUUCGCAGUCUCUGCCAGACCUCGCCUAACCGUCACAUCAAACGCAACCCUGAAAUGGCGAACCGGAGAGCGGAAAUGUCGCUGGGGCGACUUCUGCUCCAGCAAUUCUGCGCAUAACAAGGCAUUGGGCUCUUGCUUCUACAGCAAUGGGGUUUCUGCUUCCUCGAAUCACAACGGCAGUAGUUACUUGGAGUUGACCGACGAAGAGCUGAUGAAGCAGUGCGAGAUGGGCACGUUCAAAGCGUCGGGCCCUGGCGGCCAGCACCGCAAUAAGCGCGAAUCGGCGGUCCGCAUCAAGCACAUCCCCACUGGUAUCAUUGCGCAAGCUGUUGAGGACCGAUCGCAGCACAAGAAUCGAGCGUCAGCUUUACUACGCCUCCGUACUCUCUUGGCUCUUAAAGUGAGGAAUGCUGUUAAUCUUGAGGCAUACUCACCUCCCAAAGAGCUCCUUCAAAUACUUCCACUGAAGUCAACCGUGAGAGGAUCUGAUUGCGGACCCCAAAUUGGACCCCAUAAUCCAAAGUUUAUGCUGGGAGUGCAAGCCUUGCUGGAUCUUCUAUCUGCCCUUGAAGGUUCUGUUUCUGAUGCAGCAAAGUUGCUAGGUCUAAGCACGGGAGCAUUAUCACGAUUGAUUCUGUCAGAUGACUCUCUUAGGCUGGCAGCGAAUGAGUUAAGGGCAUCUAAGGGAAUGAAGCCUCUCAAGUGAGAAAUUUAAGAGCUAUCCAUACCAGAUAUUCUGAAUGGUUGUGGUGAUUAGCGCCUUUCUCAUCUCGUGUGGAAGCCUUCAGCAUGGACAGCAUUAAUUGUACAAUUUAGCAAGCUAAGCCAACUAUCCCACAUGCAUCAUACACCUUUUUAUACAUCGUAAAUACCUUGAAGGACCCUUUUCAUCAGUAAUUGUUUUUAUUGCUUGCUCUUUGCUCCUCUGAAACAGCCUGACGUAGCUCUUAUACUACUGAUGCAGGAUCCAAGAAAUAUUUUUCAGCGAGUGUCUUGGUUUUUAACUGCUGACAUUCAUGUAAAGUUUACUGGCCAGCUGGAGUCUGAGUCUAACCAAGUGUUGGUUUUCGCAUCUUUUCAACUUGCCCAGUCAGUUUGUGCUCGUGGUUACAGAUUUCUGCUAGAUGACAUGAUGGACAAGUUUUCUCCGGAUGUCCUGACCUGCUGAUAUCUAGCAUAAAUAACUUUUGUGUAUUUGGGAGAUUUAGCCCCUGGACUGGUACCUUUGUACUAUGAAUGCUUCUAGAUUUGAUUGAUGCGAAUGCAACCUAAUUACCAUAGCGUGAAUGCCAAACGAGAUUUUCCAUUGGUUGAUGGAAACUUUUCCUCAAUGUGUCCCUUGACAGCAAAUGCGGAACACCCCUGGUAAGGAUCAUUUUCUGAAUGAGUUACUACUGCAGAAAUGAACUCUUCUAGAUAAUAGACUUAGCAUGAGAGCUACAUCUGUUCAGCUAGAAUGACUUUGAGCUGCUCUUGGGCAGCUUUUAUUAGGGAGUGAGGGCUGCCUGUAAGUUGAAGCAUAAAUUAUCUGUUUUGAGAAAGCGAAUCAUAGCAUUCAUGCAUUUUCUUUUUCUUCUAAUCUGAGGGGUCGGAGCUGUUUGUAGCACCACAAGAAGCUAUUUCAUGAGGUCUUGGCCUAGCAUGAUUAUUCCUGUUGGUACCUGGAUAUCAGAGUUAUGUAUAUUUGUACCCGUUGGAUGCACAGUGGAUUAACUUCAACAAAACUACUAAUGCAAUUUAGUUGAAUAAGCAUCCAGUACUCGCAAUACAACUUUCAUAUCAUCUUUGACUUUCUCUUUUUAGAGGAAGCAUAUGAAGCAGAGAUUUGAUUGACACAGGGAAUAAUGCAAGUUGCAGUGAGGGAGAAUCUAAUCAAGUGCAAGUGUUUGGCCCCCUAUCUGAAGCUUUAUUC